AUGGGUAAUGACGGUGGAAGUAUCCCAACUCGCCGUGAGCUGGUCCGAGAAGCGGCCCGCACCCCGACGACGGCGCAAAUCAAAGAAACCCAGCGCGAACAGCAAGAGCACAGCUGGACAACAUGUCCCUUGUCACACAAAACCUUAGUGCGACCCAUAGUGUCGGAUAGUGUCGGGAAUCUCUACAACAAAGACGCUGUGCUCCGGUUUCUACUUCCCGGCGACGAUGGCGAGGGCAUCAGCUCCAAAUCCGACUGCGAAGAGGUUCUGUGCGGACGAGUCAAGAGUCUCAGAGACGUGGUCGAACUACACUUUGAGGUUGACACGGAGCGAAGUGAGCAUCCUUCGGAUCGCGUGAAUGCGCAUCGCCAUGAGCAUCGGGAAGGCUGGAUUUGUCCGAUCACUGCGAAACCGUUGGGUCCUGGUGUGAAGUCGGUUUAUCUCGUUCCGUGCGGGCAUGUCUUUGCCGAGGAGGCCAUUCGUCAGCUGAAAGGGGAUCAAUGUCUGCAGUGCAACGAGUCCUACACCGAGGAGAAUAUCAUUCCCAUUCUCCCCACGAAAGAGGCCGACAAGGAGCGACUGAUGGCACGAGGCGCAAAACUCGCCGAGCAAGGUCUUACUCAUUCUCUGAAGAAGGCGCCCGGAUCUAAGAAACGCAAGAAGAAUGCCUCUGCCGAGGGUACCACCGCCACAUCCUCCGCCGCAGCAGGUGCAGACUCCACGUCUAGCUCUAAGCCCAAAGACGCUGGCAGUGGGAUCAAAAACUCCGCCACUGCCUCGCUCACGGCUCGUGUGCUGCAGGAGGAAAAUGAACGGAAAAAAAAGCGAAAGAUGAUGGGCACGAAUGAAAACAUCGAUAGCCUCUUCACGAAGGAUAAAAAGGGCGGUGCAAAUGGCGACUUUAUGACUCGUGGAUUCACAAUUCCGGCUUCGGCGAGGAGGUGA